AUGGGAUCAGAUGAAACCAAUUAUAGACUAUGGGCCUCCUGGAUGGGUAAAGAAAAGACUUUUCAGAUCAAAUCUCUAGUGAAUGAACAUAAUUGUUGUAGGGUGUUUAAGUUUGGGUCAAUUGUAACUUAUAGAUGGAUAGGGAAACAUUUUAUGAGUCAAAUUAUAGAGAACCCCAAAAUGAGUGCAAGGAAGAUGAAAGCUAAAGUGUCAACAACAUUCAACAUAAAUGUCAAAUCUGGGUCUACUGUGAGAUUGGAUGUAGACAUCAUGCCAGAUUCCACAACUUUGUUUUCUAAGUUUUAUGUGUGUUUCAAAGCUGUAAGGGAUGGUUGGUUAGAAGGGUGCAGGCCAGUAAUUGGGCUUGAUGGUUGCUUUUUAAAGGGUAUAGUUAGAGGAGAAGUUAUUUCAGCUGUUGGGAGAGAUGCAAACAACCACAUCUACCCUUUAGCAUGGGCUGUGGUAUGUGUUGAGAAUAAAGAAACAUGGAAGUGGUUCAUAGAUUUGCUUAUGGAUGACAUUAAUGGUGGUCUUGGUGCAGGCAUUACCCUUCUUUCUGAUGGACACAAGGGGUUAUUACAAGCAGUUAAGGAAUGA